AGCAGCUGGCCAGCAGCAGCUGCUGGACAGCCACGGUGACGGUGGGCGGAAGGGGAGGCGGCGGUGGUGGUGGUGCUGGUGGUGGUGGUGCUGGUGGUGCGGGACUGCUGGGAGAGGGCGGCGGCAAGGAGACGCUGUGCCUCAUGACCAAUGUGCCGCCGGGGGACGGUGGAGAGGUCAGCUGGUCCGCAGCCCGCCUGCCCAGCAACUCCCUGCCCCCCGAGGGUCGCUGGCGCGGCGGCCCCUCCGCGCUCAAGUCCGGGCUCCAGAAGGCGGUACGGCUGGGGCGCGGCGGCUGUGCGGUACGGGCGGCGCUGCACCUUGCCAAGGAGGAAGG